AUGGAAAAACCAUAUCCUUGUGAGUUGUGUAAAAGGACAUUUUCUCAUAAAUCAAGUUUGAAAAGACAUUUGGGGACACACACGAAUGAAAAACCACACUCUUGUGAGUUUUGUGGAAAGACAUUUUAUGAUAGCUCCGGUUUGAAAACGCAUUUGACGAUACACACCAAUGAAAAACCAUAUUCUUGUGAGUUUUGCGAAAAGACGUUUUCUGUCAAUUUCAAAUUGAAAAGGCAUUUGAAGAUACACACGAAUGAAAAACCGCAUUCUUGCGACGAUUGCGGGAAGAUAUUUUCCGACGGUUCAAAUCUGAAAAGACAUUUGAGGUUGCACACCAAUGAAAAACUUCAUUCUUGUGAGCACUGUCUAAAAGUUUUCUCUACCAGCUCUUAUUUGAAAACGCAUUUGAUGAUACACUCGAAUGAGAAACCGUAUUCUUGCGACUGCUGCAAAAAGACGUUUUCUAUUAGAUCAAAAUUGAAAAGACAUUUGCAGACACACGCAAAUGAAAAACCGUAUUCUUGCGAGGGUUGCGGGAAGGCAUUUUCCGAGUUUUCGAAUUUGAAAAGACAUUUGAGGUUGCACACCAAUGAAAAACCAUAUUCUUGUGAGCACUGUCUAAAAGUUUUCUCAACGAGCUCUCAUUUGAAAAUUCAUUUGAGGAUGCACAUGAAUGAAAAACCGUAUUCUUGCGAGUGCUGCAAAAAGACGUUUUACGAUAGUUCUGCUUUGAGAAAACAUUUGAGGACUCACACGAAUGAAAAACCGUAUUCUUGUGAGUAUUGUAAAAAGACGUUUUCUCAUGGUUCAGGCUUGAAAAUACAUUUGAGGACUCACACCAAUGAAAAACCGUAUUCUUGUGAGUACUGUCUAAAAGUUUUCUCUACGAGUUUGAACAGAGGCGGCGAUUGUCCUUGA